AUGGAUUUCUCUUCUCUUUUCCAAGCUUUCGUCGUCGUGUCUCUCUUAAGUUUUCUAGCUAAUCAUAUUUCUAAGAGAAAGAACAGUAAAAAUGGUGCUAAUAUUGGUGUCCCUGAACCAUCAGGGGCACUGCCAAUCAUAGGUCACCUCCAUCUUCUGAGGGGUCAAGUCCCAGUAGCUCGAAUCCUUGGAGCCAUGGCAGACAAACACGGUCCGAUAUACUCACUCCGGAUCGGCCAACACCAAGUCAUGGCGCUGAGUAGUUGGGAACUGGUCAAGGACUGCUUCACCACAAACGACAGAGCUUUGGCAAACCGACCAAGCUUAGCAGCGGGGAGGUACUUAGCGUACGACAGUGCUUCUUUUGCUCUUUCACCUUACGGCCAAUACUGGCGUGAAAUUCGAAAGUUCGUAGACCUUCACCUUCUCUCGACCCAUAAGAUAACAUCGCUACAACACGUGCUAGUCUCGGAGGUUGACUCGUUUAUCAACAGUUUGUUCUAUUUUCCAACUCACGAUCAUGGUGACCAGGUGCCUCUCAGCGAGUGUUUCGAGCAGUUUGCCUUGAAUCUCACCGUUAGGGUGAUAGCCACAAAGCGCUUUUCCGCGAGCGCUUACGGCGAAGAAACCAGCGAAGCGUGUCGUUUUAGGAAUGCGUUGAAAGAUGCUUCGUAUUUGAGUGGCGUUUUCGUGUGGUCUGAUGCUAUUCCAUGGCUCAAACGUUUGGACAUUGGUGGCCACUUGAGCUCCAUGAAACGGACUUUUAAGGAGUUUGAUGUGGUGUUAACGAACUGGCUCGAGGAACAUGGUCGAGCUACCACUGGCGAGAGAGACCUCAUGGACAUGAUGUUGUCGUCGACGCUCCUUGCCGAGGACGGUGCCAUGACCAUGCCUGGUUAUAGUCGUGAUACUAUCAUCAAAGCCACGGCCUUGAUUUUAAUCCUAACUGGGACAGAAGGCAUAGCACUUACACUAACAUGGAUCAUCUCCUUACUAUUGAACAACCCAAGUGUGCUGAAGACUGCCCAAGAAGAGUUAGACAGCCAUGUAGGAAAAGAGAGAUGGGUACAAGAAUCAGACAUCAACAACCUCAAAUUCCUCCAAGCCAUUGUCAAAGAAACUCUUCGUUUGUACCCACCAGGCCCAGUUACACCACGUGAGGCCACCGAAGAUUGUUACGUCGGAGGCCACCAUGUUCCGGCGGGAACCCGUUUGAUCAUCAACAUAUGGAAGUUGCAGCGGGACCCGCGCAUGUGGAGCGACCCUUUGGAGUUUCGACCCGAAAGGUUCAUGACGACGAAUGCAUAUAUGAGUUACCGAGAUCAAUAUUUCGAGUUCAUUCCUUUCAGCUCGGGUCGAAGAUCGUGCCCUGGCAUGGGACUGGGUUUGGUGGUGGUGCAGCUGGUGCUGGCUCGGUUGGUUCAGGGGUUUGACAUGAAAACCAAGGACGACUUGCCAGUGGAUAUGCGUGAAGGAUUGGGCAUUGGCUUGCCUAAGCUUACUUCACUCAAUCUACUCCUUACUCCUCGGCUUCCAUCACAUCUUUAUGAGUGUCUUUAAAGCAGUUCUUUUAUUGAAUAAAACUAAUGUAUAAUAAAUUAUGAAUAUUUUGGGUGAUCCACCUGCCAAUGUUAUGGAACUCACUGUCUUUGAAUAAUAUUAUAAUAAAAUAUU